CUCCUGUGUGCAGGUGCAGCUCUGCGUGAGAUGGCCAUGUCGUCGCUCUGCCACAGCACCCUCACUCUGGCCCUGGCCCUCUGCUUCCUGCCGUGCAUCACCUCCUCCCUCAACCUGGAGGACCCCAACGUCUGCAGCCACUGGGAGAGUUACUCGGUGACGGUGCAGGAGUCGUACGCCCACCCCUUUGAUCAGAUUUAUUACGCCAGCUGCAGCGACCUCCUCAACUGGUUUAAGUGCACGCGACACAGGGUGAGCUAUCGGACAGCCUAUCGGAGAGGAACUAAGACGAUGUACCGGAGAAAGUCCCAGUGCUGCCCGGGCUUCAACGAGAAUGGAGAGAUCUGUGCACCUCAUUGUGCAGAGAGCUGUGUUCACGGACGUUGCAUCGCCCCUAACACCUGCCAGUGUGAGCCGGGCUGGGGGGGCUCCAACUGCUCCAGCGCGUGUGACAGUGUCCACUGGGGGCCUCACUGCAGUAACAGAUGUCAGUGUCAGAACGCGGCUCUGUGUAACCCCAUCACCGGAGCCUGCAUCUGCCUCCCGGGGUUCAGAGGGUGGCGCUGCGAGGCCCCGUGUGAGACCGGCACCUACGGGAACGGGUGCCAACAGAAAUGCCAGUGCCAGAACGAAGCCGCCUGUCACCACGUCACCGGAGAGUGCAAGUGCUCACCGGGAUACACCGGAGCUUUCUGUGAAGACCUGUGUCCUCCAGGUAAACACGGGCAGCAGUGUGAGGAGAGGUGUCCGUGUCAGAACGGAGGAGUGUGUCAUCAUGUGACCGGAGAGUGCUCCUGUCCUGCAGGAUGGAUGGGAACAGUGUGUGGACAGCCAUGUCCAGAGGGGAGAUUUGGACAGAACUGCUCCCAGGAAUGUCAGUGUCACAACAACGGCUUCUGUGUGUUGUCCACGGGACAGUGUGUGUGCAGCGCGGGAUACACAGGAGAGAGGUGCCAGGAGGAGUGUCCGGUUGGUACUUACGGUGCCGGCUGUGCGAAGACGUGUCAAUGCCAGAACAACGGAAAGUGCUCCCACACCGACGGGAUGUGUGUGUGUGAGCCCGGAUACACAGGAGACACAUGUGACGUCAGACUCUGUCCUGAGAGACACUACGGCCUGCGAUGCGACAGGAAGUGCCCGUGCUACGCCCACAACACACACAGCUGCCACCCGAUGUCAGGAGAGUGCACGUGUCGGCCCGGUUGGUCCGGACUCUACUGCAACGAGACGUGCACUCCAGGGUUUUAUGGAGAGUCGUGCCAGCAGGCGUGCCGCUGCCAGAACGGAGCCGACUGCCACGGUGUGAGCGGAGAGUGUUUCUGUGCUCCGGGCUUCACGGGUCCCACCUGCUCGCUGCCCUGCCCGACAGGAAGUCACGGAGCAGACUGCUCCUCCUCCUGCAGCUGCAAGAACAGAGCGCUGUGCUCACCUGUGGACGGAUCCUGCUCCUGCACCCCAGGCUGGCACGGGGUGGACUGCUCCAUCAGCUGCCCCAGUGGGCGCUGGGGUCUGGGCUGUAACCGCAGCUGUCUGUGUGUGAACGGAGCGUCCUGCAGCGCUCUGGAGGGUCGCUGUAGCUGCGCUGCAGGGUGGAGAGGAGAGAGGUGCCAGCUGCAGUGCCAGGACGGCACGUAUGGUCUGGACUGUACGGAGCGCUGUGACUGCAGCCAUGCUGACGGCUGUCAUCACUCCACGGGUCACUGCCGCUGUCUGGCUGGAUGGACCGGUAUCCACUGUGACAGUGUGUGUGCAGAGGGCCGCUGGGGUCCAAACUGCUCGCUCUCCUGUAACUGCAGGAACGGAGCAUCCUGCUCUCCAGACGAGGGAACCUGUGAGUGUGCUCCAGGAUACAGAGACACCACCUGUCAGAGGAUCUGCUCUCCGGGAUACUUCGGUCACCGCUGCAGUCAGACGUGUCCUCAGUGUGUUCACAGCGUCGGGCCGUGUCACCACGUCUCGGGACAGUGUGAAUGUCUGCCGGGCUUCAGGGGGGCGCUGUGCAACGAGGUGUGUCCCAGCGGACACUUUGGGAAGAACUGUGCGUGGCGCUGCAGCUGCACCAACAACGGCACGUGUAACCCCAUCGAUGGAUCCUGCCAGUGCUACCCCGGGUGGAUCGGCAGCGACUGCUCCCAACCGUGUCCUCCCAGUCAGUGGGGGCCAAACUGCUUCCACACCUGCAACUGUCACAACGGAGCGUACUGCAGCGCGUACGACGGAGAGUGCAAGUGCACCCUGGGGUGGACCGGCCUAUACUGCACACAGCGCUGUCCGUUGGGCUUCUACGGUAAGGACUGUUCUCAGAUCUGCCAGUGCAGGAACGGAGCGGACUGUGAUCACAUCUCUGGACUCUGCACCUGUCGCACCGGAUUCAUGGGACGCCACUGUGAACAGAAGUGUCCUGCUGGGUCGUACGGUUACGGCUGCCGUCAGGUGUGUGACUGUCUGAAUAACUCCACGUGUGAUCACAUGACCGGAACAUGUUACUGCAACCCGGGCUGGAAGGGGCCUCGCUGUGACCAAGCUGGUGUGGUGGUGGGAAGCCUCAACAGUCUCACCAGCGCAGCCAUGCAGGUGGACACGUAUCAGAUCGGAGCCAUCGCAGGAAUCAUCGUCCUGGUGCUGCUGGUACUCUUCCUCCUCCUCCUCUUCAUCAUCUACAGGAAGAAGCAGAAGGUCAAAGAGCCCACCAUGUCUGCGGUGACCUACACUCCUGCUCUGAGGGUCACUUCUGAUUACACAGAUGCUCACCCACCACCCUGUGAAGGUCAUCCCAGCAGCUACUUCUCUAACCCCAGCUACCACACUCUGAGCCAGUGCAUCGGCCCCCAGCACCUCAACAACGUACCAUAUGGACCGGUCAAGAACCACCAGCUGUUUGUGAACUUGAAGAACGUAGAGCAGAGGAAACGGCCGAUGGCGGGGCACAGUGGCACGCUGCCUGCAGACUUUAAACAGCAGGAUUGCUUCAAUGAACUCGGAGCCUACGGAGUUGACAGGAGAUACAUGGGGAAAUCUUUACGAGAUCUGAAGGGCACAAUGUAUCACGCCAGCUCCUGCUCCAUCAACAGCUCUGAAAACCCGUACGCCACCAUCAAGGACCCCCCGCUGCUCACAGCCAAAAACACAGAGUGUGGCUACGUGGAGAUGAAGUCUCCGCCCAGACGAGAUUCACCCUACGCUGAGAUCAGCAACAGCCCAACUCAUAAACGCAACGUCUACGAAGUUGAUCCGUCUGUAAGCACCAUCCCGAUGCCUGGAGACAGCAACGGACACGUACUGUUUGGUCAAGAUCUCUACGAUCUACCGAAGAACAGCCACAUCCCGUCUCACUACGACCUCCUGCCGGCCAGAGAAAGCCCCCCCCUAGACCCCAAAGAACUGGAAAGUGAAUGAUUUCUCAGAGACUCAGUAGAGAUCAGCUCUCACUGUACACCCACAACGUACUUUCACUUGUUUUCUUGUCGUUUUUACUUCGACACUAUCAUUGUAGAUGUGUAUCCUGAAGUUUUUCUGAACGAAAGUGGGUUAUGGAGGUUAGUUUUGAGGUACAGCUGUUGUUUUUUACAGCAAUUUAUAAACUGCGAUAAAGUCUUCGUAGGUCAUUCCACAUGUCUGGGAAGUAAGGUCUACGUAUGCUCUGACUCAAGCAGUUCGUAUGAUGUGUUGUCUCAUCCAUGGUUUACGCAAAACUGUUUCUAUCUGGUCCAAAUGUUAAAUCAAAGGCGGACUGAAAUGCCUUUGAGUCUGACUUUCUGUCUCCAACAACUCGGUCUUCCGCUUGUCUUCACGCGACAAAUUGUACAAAUGAACACACAUCGUUGAAUCGUUGUGGUGUUGAACAUACAACGACCUUUCCAUUCGCCCGCACAAUGUCUACACCGCGUGGCGUAAAAGUGGGCGUGAUUGUUAGGAAAAGUUACAGGAAUUGCGGCUUUCUGAUACCGUUAAAUCAUCUUUGUUUCAAGUAUGCCUUUAUGAUGUUUACAUAUAACAUUCAAUAACUGUCAAAUCUUUAUUUUUGUAACAAAAUAAUUCGCUAAUGUUAUUCCAUAUUAGCAACUUGUAUCAAAGAUUAGAUGUUUGUUGAAGUUUUGUGAGGAGGAGUAGUAGCGUCAAGCUGCUGAGAGUGUUUGAACUUAGUACUUAAGUUAACCAAAGGUCCAUUCAGUUUCAUCCAAGAGGUUCAGAGCUGAGUCUCUUCUCACACCAUACAGAAUCUUACAUAACAAAUAUCAUUCAUACAGCUCAGUGAUGAUUAUCUGCCAUUCCCAGUAGCUCUUUUGGGGCAGGAUGUUCAUCUGACCAGUCGAACGAUACAUGUUGGGCUCGCUGUACUGCACAGAUUUGUUAUUUGUUUUCAAGAUUGAUUUGUUAUUUGCAGUUUAUUCUUUAUCAUUAUAAAGGGUGUGGCUAGUUUCAGAUCAGAACAGUGAUAACUGGAUUGUAAACACUAAUGCAGUGCAUGCAUUUCGACCAUAGUGUUUUAUCAAAUCAACGAUCGCCAUUGUUAGCUAGUUAGUUAAUGGCGCUUUUCCACUGCAGGGCCUCGCUCGGCUUAGUACGGUACAGUUAGGCCUCGGUAGGCCAGGCUCACUUUAUGCUGCGUUUCCAUUACAGUUUAGGAACUGGGCCAGUAACUAUAGUAACGCAGUGUAGGCGGAGCCGUGACGUCAUCUUCAAUGCGAACACAAAACCAACAUCAGCCGUUAGCUCUUAGCACUCAGAGCUCACAGCUCCUCAUAUCUGUUCAG